CCAACCUCGAUUCUUAUAAUAGAUUCACACAUCUACAAGUACAGCACAUUCUCACAUACGAAGAUGACGGAAAGCAGCAACAAGGCACAUGCAUCAUGCAUAGUGAUCCCUGAUGCAGAGAACACAUAUCCUUUGGAUCAGUUCGCUGUACCCCAGCACUACAAGGAUGAUCUCAACAGUGUGAUGAUUCCCAACGGGUUGAUUCUGAACCGAUUAGAAAAGCUUGCACAGGACAUAGUUGAGGACAUACACGCACCUUUGGUGGUGUUAUGUGUGCUUAAAGGAGGCCAUCAGGUGUUCUCUGACCUGGUGAACUUUAUCAAGCAAUUGAACACGCGUGCCGGACGAUCUCUGCCACUGUCACUGGAGUUCAUUCGCAUGAAGAGUUAUCACAACGAUCAAUCGUCUGGAAAGGUCGAGAUUAUCGGGAUGAACAUGUCUAAUCUCAAAGGAAAGCACGUACUCGUCGUAGAAGACAUUGUCGAUACCGGUCGCUCAUUGGUCAAACUGUGCAACACAUUGAACGAACAAGGGCCAGAGACUCUACGCACCUUCAGUCUGCUCCUAAAGCGCACACCGCACAGCAACGGCUUCCAGCCCGAUUAUGUUGGGUUCGAGAUUCCCGACGAGUUUGUGGUCGGAUACUGUCUUGAUUAUAACGAGUACUUCCGCGAUUUGGAUCACAUCUGUAUCAUCUCGCCGGUCGGAAGAGAAAAGUACAAAGAGGCGGCUUGAACAAGUGUUGAGUCAAUGAAGGCGUAUGCGGGCAAUGUGUGCGUUCCGUACCGUAAACCAAUGUGGUGUUCGCCCGCGUGAGGAGAUGUCUCAAUACGAACAAUGUGGUUAUAUGGACAACGAUAGCAUAAAUUGUGAGCGCAACAAGCACUCAUCCGCUGCAGUACGGUCCAUUCAUGUCUGGGAUCAGGAAGGGCUUCGCAUCUGCUGAACUCGUUGCCAGGUUUAAGCGGGCGGUUUGCAUAUUCCGCAACGAUGCCACCAAAAAUUGACACCCACUAACAUCCAUUUGUAGCGUUAAUGAUAAGUGUAAAUAUAAAAAGGUAGAGAAUAUGACCACUGUAGAUUUUAUUUACGAAUACUAUACUAAUAAUUGGACACCGCAUUUAACUUUUCCAUACUGUGUCACCAUGUAGUGGUGCAUUGGAUAUCUUUCCAGAUUCACAUGCUUGCUUGUGAUGGUGUAUUGAGACAGGCUCGAUACUCUGGCACAGCCAUCCUUGUGAAAUGUGCGCAGGAAUGCUUUCACGGAACAGUUGUGGCGUUGAUGACUAAUUUUACUUUGAUCGCUUCCUGCAUUUGUUCUCAUACCAUCACCCACUGGGUAAGGCCGACAUUCUAAGUUCGUACCAAUUGGAAACGCUGAACGCUGGUAUAUAUAUACAACUACUAGGGUUUAGUAGAUGUGGCCGGGAAGAAAUUCAAUACGGUGCUAAUGCUCGAUCAAACUCCUAAAUUUAAGUCUAUGGACAACGUAUAUUAUAUAUAUAUAUAGUAUGGCGCUUAUAUAAAGUACAGAUAAGUCCUACCUAGUUGUGACUAUGGCUCGACUCGUCACUGACUGCGAGAGUUUGAAUGAGGUCACAAAGCCCACUAUGCACAGCACCCCACACAUCAGGAACAUGAAAUGGUAGUCAAACGGAAAUGCAAACCCUCCCGAGGACAUGUAGGCGAAUACACUACCUCCGAGUAUCGGUGCCAAUGACUGAGACAGGGCGAUCACUGAACUAAACACCCCACUCAGGGCACCCACGUGUUGUGUGGUGGAGUUCUGCAACAUGAUAGUGAGCGAGGCAAAGCACGAAGGCAUGGCCACGGCGCGACCCACAAACACACUCAGCAAGAGCGUCCAGAACCACGCGUCACUAACCACGUGCGUGCGUAUGCCAUGGAAGAACGGGACGACGGC